AGUAAUCCGAUUCAAUUUCGAUUUCUAAAUACGUUGGCUAUUGAGUUAGUAAGUUUUCGUUAAUCUUUAAUUCCCACACCAUCAAUCAUACGUAAAAAUUGAUAUAUAGUACGUAUUUGAGGCAAUGGACGAAGCGAAAAGAAUGGUGUAUCCUUUGGACGCGAAAUCGUACAGGCUCCUGUACGAGAUCGGCAGUGGCGUGAGCGCGGUGGUGUACAAGGCUGUGUGCCUGCCGCUGGACUCGGCGGUGGUGGCGAUCAAGUCCAUCGAUCUCGAACGGUCGCGCGCGAACCUCGACGAGGUGCGGCGCGAGGCCAAGGCCAUGGCCCUGCUCAACCACCCGAACGUCCUCCGCGCGCACUGCUCCUUCAUCGUCGACAGCCACUUGUGGGUUGUCAUGCCCUUCAUGGCCGCCGGCUCGCUCCAGUCCAUCGUCUCCUCCGCCUUCGCCGACGGCCUUCCCGAGCAGUCCAUCGCCCCCGUCCUCAAGGAGAUCCUCCACGCCCUCUCCUACCUCCACGGCCAGGGCCUCAUCCACCGCGACAUCAAGGCCGGGAACAUUCUCGUCGAUUCCGACGGCUCCAUCAAGCUCGCCGACUUCGGCGUCUCCGCCUCCAUCUACGAGUCGCCCCCUUCCUCCUCCUCGUCCUCCUCCUCGUCCUCCUGCUCCUCCUACCCGAUGUACAACUUGUCGUCGUCGUCGCUGUCCACCUUCUUCAACGAAAUGGCGGGGACGCCGUACUGGAUGGCGCCUGAGGUGAUCCACUCCCACGUCGGCUACGGCAUCAAGGCCGACAUAUGGUCGUUCGGCAUCACCGCCCUCGAGCUGGCCCACGGCCGCCCCCCGCUCUCCCACCUCCCGCUCUCGAAGUCGCUGAUGAUGCGGAUCACCAACCGCCUGCGCCUCGAGGACGCGCCCGACCACACGAGCAGCAAGAAGAAGUUCUCCAAGGCGUUCAAGGACAUGGUGGCCUCCUGCCUCUCGCACGACCCGUCGAAGCGGCCGUCUGCCGACAAGCUCCUCCGCCAUCCCUUCUUCCGGAGCUGCAAGUCUGCCGACUACCUAGUUAAGAACGUGCUGCAGGCAGUGCCGACAGUGGAGGAGAGGUUCAAGGAAGGCCCUGUUACCGUCGGACUGGCGUCUCCGCCGAACAAGACUCGACGGGUCAGCGGGUGGAAUUUCCACGAAGAAGGCUUCGAACUGGAUCCGAUUUACCUGGGGGAGGAGUGCGAGGACGAAUCGACGAAGGGCGAAGAAGGCGAUGAUGAUGACGACGAUCAGGAAGAAGGCAAGGAGGAAGGAGAGAUGCUGCAGGCUCUGUCGACGGCGGCACCGAAUGCCGCUUCGUCGACCGCGUCUGUCGUGAAGCAAGUGCUGGUUCCCAACUUGGUUUCUCUGCUCGGGAGCUUGGACCUGCAGCGAGGGAUGGUGAUGAAUCUGCUGGCGCGGUGCGUGCGGUGCGCGGAUGGCGACGAGGAGAUGAAGGUGAGGGAGCAGAGAGAGCAGCUGCUUUUGCAGUACGUCAACAGCCUGCAGCAGACUAUAAAUGAUCUCAAUCUCCAUCUGCAGAAGGAGAUGAAGAAGAAUGAUCAUCUGGAGGAGUUACUAGAGAAUAUUAAGAUGAACAGUACUAGUGAGGAGGAUUAAUUAAGGGAGAGACUCUUUAAUUGUUGGAAAGGUUACGAAGCGCAUGUAGUGAUGAGCUUGUGAUUAUUAUAUGAUAAGGAUCAUGAUGUUGUUAUUUUACGUAGAUAACAAA